AUGGCGGAGCUCCACGAAGCGCUCGCGUGCCUCCGGCCGAAAGAGUUCAGCGAUGUCCCUACCGACAACCUCGAAGCAUUCCUACCCGACAUACUUGCCAAAGCGGAAAUCAUCGCCAAUUCCGUGCCUCCACCGCCCAAUGGUACGCCAUACGAGUCGUCGCAACGAACCCGAACCGAGCAACAGCCUGCGACAAGCUCCAAAGACCUCACCAUUUCGCAAGUCCGACGGCCACCGCCCGCGCCAGAGCACGAGGAGCUACAAAAGUCGUGGGGAAAGCCGGUGAAGCUGGGUAACAAUGAAGCCGCUACAGGAAUGAGCGUCUUCAAGAUGGCCGGAAAGGAUCGGCACGGAGCCUGGUUUUCGCGGUCGAGCGUGCAUGAAGGGCUCGGCUUCGACAAGUGGAAGCGCGCAAUGAAGAGCGAGUUUCCCGAGAGUCUCCAAGUUCAGGGCGGCCCGGGCGAGGGCAAUAUAAGAGGCAUUGGAGGAGACCAGAGACUGGAGGACAUGACGGUAGAUGGCCUGGGACAGCUACAAGUAUACCAGCUGUCCGCCCAGUUCCCCGGCCCGACCUCGCCGCGAGAGUUCAUCACCCUCCUCAUUACCUCGGACACAUGUCUUACCGACGCCUCCAAAGUCGCCAGCUCGAUACCGCGACAUUUCAUGGUUGUCUCCAUACCCUGCUCACAUCCGGAUGCGCCGCCGCGAACCAACAUGGUAAGAGGCUUCUACGAAUCGAUUGAGAUGAUCAGAGAGAUACCCAUGGGCGACGGUGACGCCGAGACUAACCCAGUCGAGUGGAUAAUGGUAACGCGCAGUGAUCCCGGUGGUGGCAUACCCCGAUUCAUGGUCGAACGGAAUGUCCCUAGUAGUAUAGUGCAGGACGCCGUCAAGUUUCUUGACUGGGCAUGCGCAAAGGACGACGACGUGGAAGCCGAAGUAACGGCAGGCACAGACCGCUCCGCAGAAACACCCAAAGCGCACGAUACCGAGCGGACUUUCUCUCCCACCGAGGCCAAUGGCAUGGGUGCCGGCGUAGGAACCAGUAUAGUAGAUAGAACUGGGGAAGCCGGUAGCCAGUACAGCCUACGACGCACAAGAUCUGACAGCUCUUCGAGCACCUCAUCUUCUGCAGAAUCAUUUGCGUCCGCUGAGCAAUUCACCACUGCUCGCGAUGGCCUUCCCAUCGACAGAGAGAUCCCGACACCAUCGACCUCGUCACAACAGUCUCUGCCAUUGAAUGAGGACACCCAUCAUCAUAAAGGGCUGCAAAAAAUUGAAGAGAAGAAGGAACAGUUGAAGGCAAAACUCGAAGAGGCUCGUGAGAAACAUGAAUCGGGUUUGCAAGCUGAGACCCAGAAGACGGAUAAGGAGAUGCAAAAGGCAAACGAGAAGCACGAGAGAGAGAAGAAGAAACAACAGGAAAAGUUUGAAAAGGAAAUGCGCAAACUCGAGGAGCGCCGCGAAAAGGAGACACGGAAACUACUCCUUCGCCAACAGAAAGAAGCGGAUAAGAACCAGCUUGCCAAAGCUCAGCGGGAGCGAGACGAGUAUAAGCAGCGCAUGGAUAUAUUGGAGCAGGAGAACAAGUUGCUUAAGGAGCAGAUUGGAGACUUGCAACACGAGAACACGGCGCUUGUCUCUCGUCUAGGAAAGACCGAGGAAGGCAUCAAAAUCUUGAGGGCGAUCAAGGAAGGAGAGAAGGGUAGGACUAGAGCAAGCUCCAGGACGAGUAUAAGCUCUGGGAAGAGCGGAAUAAGAAGCAAGGGCUCGAGCGAUUCUUCGAGUACGCUACCGAGGGCCGGGACAACGAGUUUCUGA